AUGGCGUCUCGCCUCGGCAGGGCCUUCCAAGCUGCCGUUGACCGGCGGUCGCAGGGAAGAUCCCUCGUUAACGUUCGUAACGCAACGACCGAGGCCGCGCCGCCGCCGGCACGCCGCCGGCACGACUCGUCUCUGGAUUGUCCCCAUGAAUAUGCAAAACAGUCAGGGUUUCUGGGGAGUUGGAAGAGUCCGCCGCCGUCGAGCGAUCCUGUGGAGGCGCAGAAAAAGUUGGCGCUCCUGCGGAGAGAGUAUGCGAAGCAGGUGAAGGAGGUGCGGAGGCAGUAUGCGUAUGAGAUGGAGAUGCAGCGUCAGGAGAAGCUGCGCAAGGACGAGGCCCGUCGUGAGGCCGUGCGGGUUGCCAAGGAAGAGAGAGAAGCUGCCAAGGCUGCAGCGGCUAAAGUCGCUGCUGCGGAACGGAAAGCCAUCGAGGAAGAGUUCCGGCAAACUCUGGUAUUUUGUAUUUCUGUCGCCGCCCGAUCAGAAAUUAACUCGACCUGCAAAAGUAAUGUCCAUAAAACUUUUGCAAUCUGCAUUGACGUCUGAGAUCACUUCUCCUUAGAUUGGCUGGGCGGUUUUCUGCCCGGAUGGCCUGUUGUCUAACUUCAUCAGACGAAAAGAGUAGAUCACUCUUUUCUUCACACUGUGUACAGAGUCAGCGGUAGUGUGUCACGCCAUGAUACGCCUAAACACCAUGCACCAUGCAUCCAGAAUUUGAUUGUACUAAGAAGGGAAAGCCAUCGUACGCCAUGUACAGAGGAUUUCUUCGCCGGAAAUUUCUGUCACCCACUUGUCAGUAUAGUAGAAAUAUCUUGAUGCCCAUUUGCCGGUAUUCACACUGGAAAAAAUUAGUACUGGCAUUGCCAGCGACCAAUCUGGAACUGUAUGGUUAACAAUCCCAUCCGUUCUAGUUGCAGACUUAGAUUGGUUUUAGUUGGCUCUGUGUGUAGGGGACCUUUUUUGAAAUCUUGAUUACCACUGUAGGGGAUAUAGAUGUACAUCCUGUUGUCAAAAGGUCAGCCUUCCAACAUCUAUUUUGCUGCAAAUUUGUCCAAGAUCUUUUCACAGUUGCCGAUGUUCUUUUCUGUAGUGCGACUUCAAUGAGAGAAAAUUCAAACUGCUGGCUAAGUCAGCGAUAUCCACAAUUAUUCAGAGAUGUUGGCCAUUAGCCCUGCCAACCUUUCAUUAUUCAAGAGUCUUCAAUUCAUGAAUUUCUGAUGUGAUGGGUCGUAGUAGGUCAACAAAAAAAAUAAAAAUAAAUCUGUAUACUGUCCAUUUUAUCCUAUCUGGACGUCUCUAACUCUUCUCUUUUGCCUUGUCUUGUGCCAUAUUGAGAAACGUUUCUGAUCUGUAAUCAUAUACGGAAGUGGGAAUGUGAUGAAUCUUCCUCCCUCUCCCAAUUCUAUCACUCUUCUGACCAUCCAGAUUUCAUAAUCACUUUAUUUUAAAUAAACGAUCCUCGCGGUUUACCGGACAUUAUAGGUCAGCAUCCUUGUGAAAGGAAUACAGAGCGUGGACAAUCCAAACGAUCCUCCAUUGUAUCUCUUUUUGGAAUUGCUGUAAAGCUUUAAUUUGCUGCUGUGCAUUCCAAUUUGAGAAGAAUCUUCCUUUGCUUGUCAUUUUUUUGGGAAAUGGAAACAUUCAUGAGCUGCUAUAAAACCACUUGACGUUCUAUAACUAAAGUUAGGUUGCUCCUUGUCUCUGCGGUAUUUCUAUAAUAUUUUCUUGCUAUAAUAUUUUUUCCCGAAGUUUAAUACUAUCACAGAAGAAGAAUGCACAACCUUUUGAAUCGAGCACGGGUAAAAGAACAAUUAUGUGCUUUAUUGACAUUGUAAGGCGAUGCGAUCCUAACAUGUUCUUUACUCACCUUGGUAAGAGAGGUUGCCCGUGACAUUUUUGGGCAUGAAUGAGCCAUAUGCCUGUACUCACACUGCAUGUAGAACAACGAUAAAAGCAAAAGAAGAUGCCGGUUUUGAUGAAUGGUUUUAUGAAUCACACUUAUCUCUCGUAUAUUAGUUACCUAUUUUUUUUCUUUCCGUAUGAUAUGAGUUAGUGUAUAAAUCUGUGCUUAUCACGGUCUUAUAACUGCAGCUGAAGGAAAGAACGGAAAAGCUGGAAAGUUGGAGGGCUAAGGAGCAGCUGCACGAGAAGAAAAAAGAUGAAAGGAGCGAAUUAUUGCGCCGUCAGAGUUCUAUGUGGAUUGAUGAAAGUGAGCUGGAUAAGAGAAUAACUGAGGCUCUCGUUGACACAACACAACUCUAG